CGUCCAUUCAUCCAAAAUAACAUCAUAGCACUGGAUGCCUGUUUGUGGUGGGGGUGGGGAUGUGUUGGGGGUGUUGAGUCCAGAAUAUCCUCAGCUUGUUCCCAAAUCCAAGAUCCAGGAAGUCGCUUCCGUUUCCUGUUUGCAGUCAAAAUCCUAAAUGUUUCCAAACAUUUAAAACUUCAAGAAGAAGAAGAAACAAUUUUCUUAAUAAACCAUAGAAGUUUCCUUAAAGUGGUUGGUUAAUAAGUUAUGGUUUUGAACAUUAGUGGUACUGUUUUGUUGUAUAAAGAUUCAUGCAGCACUCUGUUGCCAUAGCAACAGAGGCUGUAUUUUUGAAAAUAAAGGUUGUUUGCUUUGAAUCCCCUCAGUGUUUCCUGUGAUUUCAGGUCAGAAUGUUCUGGUUCUGAUCAUGUCAGAUUUCCUCUGUCUGAAUGUUCGGUUCUGAUCACAGAGCCGUACAGAAACACGCGCUUCCUGCAGCAAAGAAUAUUCUCUUAUCUGGUUUCCUUCCUGGUCCAUAGGGACCCAGUUUUCCGGAGCUGGACAUGCUCUGACAGGCUCAGAACUUUUCUGAACCAGACGGGAACAAAAGCAGCUCCCAGAAUGGCUGCUUUGUUGUCAGCCUUGUUAUUUGUGGCCAUGGAAGCAGGUCUGGGGCUGAAACAGGCUUGUCUGCCGGUGUGUUCUGGAGAUGAUUGCAUCACUGUGAACCGGGCCAGGCUGGAUUUUGACUCUGCAGAAGAAGUUUGCCGUCGGAAGAACGGGGAGCUGCUGACCCUUCAGACUGACACCUAUCAGCGGAUCUUUAAGACACUGGCUGAAGCUUUGCCUGGGAACUUCUGGAUAGGACUGCGUUUAUCAGGGGGAUCCUGCAGCAACCUCUCAGAACCACUCCGGGGAUACAAAUGGACCUCUGGUAGUGAAAAAAAAACCCUUAACUGGUCUGCUGUGAUCUGGGCAGAUGAGCGUAAUGUCUGCCCUCCAUACUGCGUCUCUGUGUCUCAGCAUGGGACAUGGACCGAGAGGGCGUGUUCUGUGAAAGCAGACGGGUUUCUGUGCAGAACCAGAGAGAAGAACUUCUGCUGGGAGAAGGAGGUGUUCUUUAAAGAUUCCCAGGGAUGUAUCAAAGGUCCCUGUGAGCAGAAGUGUAAUGAUACAGAGGGAGGAUUUAAAUGUUCCUGUUUCACAGGAUACAUCCCGGACAGCAGCGACCCACGGCGCUGCAGGGUCCACUGUCCAGAGCAGAGAUGUCCGUCUGUCUGUCCUGAGGGCUGCCACUGUCCUGAUGGCUUUGUGAAAAAUGAAGAGAUGUGUGAGGACAUAAACGAGUGUGAGAACAACGGCUGCCACCACGGCUGUGUGAACACCUUUGGGAGCUUCUGGUGCUACUGCAGGCCUGGUUUCCAUCUCAAAGAAAAUGGGAAUUGUUACAAAGCAAAAAGUCAUCAUCCUGCUGAGUUAAUGACACCAACCCAUAAAAACACCACCCUGAAGGGCUCCUCAGCCCCUGCAGGGCCCUUCCUCUGGAUCUGGGUGGUGGCUGCGGUGACUCUGGUGGCAACUGUGGUUCUGGUCAGACUUUAUGUUGUUCGACGCCAGAAACGUAGAGAACGAAGCUCCAGCCAACAACCUGCGGCUGCGGCAGACCAUCAGGUCCAUUAACCUAGGGAUGGCUGUGUGUUUCUCUGUGACCUUUUACUGCCUGAAACCUCCAGGACUGCAAGGAGAUCUCCAGGACCUUGAGGAGACCAUCAGGAGCUCCAGGACCUCCAGGAGCUUCAGCCAGUCGGUAGACCCAGGAGCUCCUGCAGCCUGCCUGGAUCUACAGACUGACUCGUUAGCAGGUCACCGCUGCUAAGGAAAGAAGAUGCUUCUGCUGGAUGGUGGCAUUUAAGCUGUUCCUAACACAUCCAAUGUCUUGAAUAGGCAGCUGAGUGAUCUUUGGACUCCACUGGUGAAGCUCUUCCUGAUGAUUGGAUGUCUGCUCUGCUUUGGUUACCUAACUGUCCGAACCGAACCUUGGGCCGUCCGGGUUGAACCGGGGCUGCAGAGCUCCCUGCAGGCGGCUGGGUGACCUUUGCCUCACUUUUUUGGGUUUAAUCAGGCCCUGUGUGGCUGAGGGGGGGGGCGACUGCAGCUCAGCGCUGAUAAGGCCGGCUGGUACUGACCCAACCUGGACAGCACCGGCUGCAGCAAACAACAGACGUUCUGUGAGCCAAUCACAGCUGGAGGAGGUUCUCCUGGUUCCAGCCAGCAGCUUUGCUCCUCUCGCCGUGAACCGAUUUAGCUAAUGCUAACUCUUACCGAGUUCUGUUACUGUGGAGCUGAUUCUGCUCUAAUCAGCUAUUUCCAGAAAUGACUGACUGGAUCAGUUCUAGAAGCUGCCAGUGUUUGUCUGAGCAGGUCUGCUGGUUAAAGGAGGUUCACUAUGGGUUAGACGGUCUCCUUUCUGCUCACAUGAAAUUAAUCCUCUCCUUUAGCAGCAGGUUCUGAUCGUCCAGGUGGACCUGAACCGAGGAAAGCUCCUCUGUCUGGAUCAGUGGUUCCCAGACUUUUCUAGUCCUGAACCACAAUCAAACUUUUGACCCAGAACUACAACACCUCGGUGCGUUCUACCAGUUGGCAUGAAAUGGAAGCUGUUUGGACCUGGAAAGUUCAGGUCUGUUGGGGCUCAGCCCAGCCAUCAGUCCUACCUGUUGAAAAUAGCAGGACUCUUUCUCCAUCUUUAUAAAUCUGUGGAACCGUUUGAGGCUGAGAACAGAGCCCUGUGGUCCUCCCACUAUAAACUUCAUCAAUCUGCCUUCCUAUAGCCAUUCUCUGCACUUCCUGGUUCUUCUCUGUGGGUUGGCCCCUAUCAGAGCUCUGGUGCUCUGCUGUAACCCAAACUAAGAGGCUAAAUGGAAGAAGGCUGGAAGAGCUUCCCUCACUUCUUUCUGCUAACUGAUAAAAAAAUAAGUAUUUACCGUCUGAGGAAAAGACUCAGAAUUAGUGUCAGAUAUUUGUGCUGGGAGAGGAGAUCCUCAUCUGGAAGCUUUAGGACCUGCUGACUUGUUAUGUAAGCUAUGCAUCAUUAAUACCCUUUAUAGAAGCUCUAAAUAAUCUCUGGCGUAUUCUAGAACUGCAGAGGAGCGAUGCAGCGUCUCUGAAAGCUCGUUUAAUGUUGGGAGCUUUGGGAACCAACUGUAUAAAAUAAGCAACUCCUCCUCUAACGGUUCAAGCUGAUCCUCAGAUGAC